UUCGUGCGAUGCGAUGGGGCGAGUUAGUUGCAACCGUGUCCUUUUGCCGAACGGAAGAUGAAAAUUUGUCGCGAACGGGUCCGUGCUCGCGUUGCGGUAGUGUUUUGAAGUUUUCCCCUUGGGUUUUCUGGAAUUGGGUGGAAAAUCGCGGUGAUGGGGAAAUUUUUCCCAAAAUUGUUCCAUUCGUUAUGAUUUCUGACGGGAUUCGGUGGAAAUUGGUGGUAGAUAUCGCGGUACUGGGACGCGCGGACGGACGAUCGGAUAAUUGACGAUCCUGGUUGAGUGAACUUGUGAGAUUUCCUCGAUAUCAGUGCGGAGGAAAAUAUCAAGAAAAGAGCAUCCCGUACAGUGCGAAGCAAUAAAUGUGAUGAUGGUUGAAUGGGAGUCUUGGUGAAAAAUUCAAGCUGUGACUUGAGAUGAGUAAACCGUGAUAAGACAAGUGAAGAUUCGAGAAGAUUUCCACAGAAUCAGCUGGUAGGAGCAGCGCUUCGUAUUUUGGUGCGUGUAAAUUCCAAUGUUUCUGACAAGAUGAUGGAGUGAAAGGGCGUCCCCACUGCUUUGUUCAACGAAAUUGAAUGGAGUUUGAUGAUGAAAAAUAACGAGUAAAAAGUGUACCAUUGGUGAUGGGUUUUAAUGUUGGUGUGUGGAUGGGUGAUGGAGGUUGCUAAUGGGUACUGAUGGGUGGUGAUUGAAUCAGAAUCAUCCACACUUCACAUCUGUGAACCGACAAUCGAGAGUGGAGGGGUGAAACUAGCGACGAUCCAACAGCAAAGUGGAAAUAUCAAAAGGAAAUAUGAGACAGCUGAGAGAUGAAAACCAUCCAAAAGCAACAGAAGAAUAACAACCGCCAGCUUUUCCCAAUGAAAGGGGAGCUUUCAUUCCAGCCUGGGUGCCACUGCGCCUUCCCGGUUUUAUCACCACACGCCACUAGUGCUGCUGAAUAGAAACAUCGUUCUCGUCGUUCGUCCAAAAGACAAAUCCCAGCAACAGCUUCCCUGUUUUUGUGCCGCUCGACCUCGACCUCCCACCGCCCGCCACGAUUGUGUGCAUAUUUUUGUUUGAAUAGAAGUGUGCGGGCUUUUUUCCUUUUUCUUAUCCCGACAGCAAGAGCUGCCGAUUCGGGGCGUUGCGGUGGCAGUGAAGCAUGAGUCUCCGGUCUACUAUAAUAACAUGGAAAACAUUUUGAUGAUCUGACUUCAGAAAAAAAGAAAAGUUUUUCCUGAAACACUCACACAAAGAGACAGUUGUCGCUUUCUUUCGGACGUCGCCCUUUUCGUCGUCUUUGCCUCGUGUGAAACUACGCAAAAGAACUAAAAGGACCCACCACUUCUUCCACGUGCCCAGGACCGUGUAGAUAAAAUAACUGGAAGCGGAAUCGAGAAACAUUUGGGACCGAAAAGCCGAAAUAGCACCACACCGGAAACAGGCCCAAGUCUUAUUGUCGGGUCCUCAUCUUUGGCUCCACCGACAGGCAAAAAAUAGAAUAAAGCCCUAAAGCUGGGGAAUUCCUCUGGAGGAGGAUUAGGACGCAGCAAAAUAUUUAUUUCUUUCUCUGAGGACCAAAAAUCGUUGAAACGAACAGGAACCGGCGUUUCUGGUGCUUGAUCCUGUGCCCGGCAUCCGGCGGGUGUCACUGACUGGGCCUCCACAUCUGGCCCGCUGAAAGUUCCGCCACAAUGUUGAUGGUGGUCCCGAACAAGCGUAGCGGUGGACCUCCAUAUUUGGAAUGUCGAGAGUGGCGAAAAAUUUUAAUAAACAGUUUGCCUCAGUUCCCGUGCAGUAGUCAGCGGAAUUAAAAACUGCGAGAGAUUUUCCAGCUCGGGAGUGCAAAAUUGGAAACAGUGGUGAAGGGCGUACAAAAAAAAGCCAAAUUCAAUUUGGUGCGAGUUUGAAGUUAAUUGAGUGUUACACCAAUACGGCGGGUGGGCACCUUCCCCGGCACCAGGCGGACAGGGUGUUGUUGGGCGGUUUGUAAGCGGGGAAAAGUUGCGGAUAUUAAAUCUGUGGGAGUGUAAUAUAGUGUAACAAAGUAUUUAAACGAAGAGAAGUUUCAUGCAUGAUGAUAUGUUCAGUCGGUGUUGUGUGCGGAGGAAAACGCGUUGAUGAGCAGAUAUAAGCAAAGGAAAGUUUUGCAUUCGUUUGAGUUCCAGCGUGUAAUAUGAGUUACUUGCUCGAGGCAAGCUUCAACCGACUAGAGUUUCCUUGAUUACGACGUGUCUAGCGAUGGUUCAGCGGCGUAACAGAAACAGCAUGGAUUACGUAAGCCUCAGUUGCUGUUCGCUGGCGUUCGUUCUGUACGUCAACACACUCAGCGCCGGAUUCGUGUACGAUGACAGGCGAGCGAUUCUGGGUAAUCCGGACGUUCUCGGUUCGACCGGCUGGUACCAGAUGCUGCACAACGACUUCUGGGGCACACCGCUGACCGAUUCGGGCUCGCACGGCUCCUACCGGCCGCUGUGUGUGGCCAGCUUCAAAAUCAACUACCUGCUCGAUGGCUUCAAACCGCUGGGGUAUCAUCUGGUCAACGUGCUGCUGCACUGCUUGGCCACGGCGCUGGUCGUUCGGCUGGCGCGACAUAUUAUCCCCUCGCGGUAUGGGGUGGCCAUCGCCGGGCUGCUGUUUGCGGCACAUCCGAUCCACACGGAAGCCGUGGCCGGAGUGGUCGGCCGAGCGGAUCUGACCGCGUGUGUCUUCUACCUGCUGGCACUGCUCGCCUACAUUCGGCACAUCCAGUGGCGGCAGAGCAGCGACCUGCGCCACUGGCUGGCGCUGGGGCUCACAAUUCUACUGGCGGCGGCCGCCGUCCUGUGCAAAGAAACUGCCGUGACAGCUUUAGUGGUUUGUGCAAUUUAUGACAUCAUAAAAGGAUACGCCGGUUCCAGAGAUAAGUACCGCUUCCGGAGCGUGGGGAUCCUGGCCCUUGCCCUGGGAACCAUCCUGCAUGCCCGCCUCUCGCUACCUCAGCCGGUUGUGCUGUUCUCAUCGGCGGACAACCCGACGGCGAAAAACGGCUCCGUCUGGACCCGGUUCCUUACGUUCGCUUACCUGCCGGUGUUCAACUUCUGUCUGCUGUUCUAUCCGGACGUGCUGAGCUUCGACUGGGGCAUGGAUGCCAUCCCUCGGAUCAGCAGUCUGUUCGACAGGAAGAACGUGCUUUCGGUGGUGUUCUACGGCUCACUCGGAGCGGCCCUGUGGAUCAACGUGCAAACACUGCUCCGGCAGAGCGUACCCAAUGUAAAUAGUAGCUUUAGUAGAAAACUAGCGAGUAAACUGGUGCUGGCCCGGCCAAACAGGAACGCAGAAGAGCGUCUGGCGGAUUCGUGCGGAUUUUGCAAGCACGAAUUUGGGCUGCACCACUCCAAUCAGUGCCGGGCCAUGCACAACAACAACAAUAUGUCUUCGAUCAUUUGCGGGUGCGUAUAUCCGCCGUGUAAAUAUUUAUCACUAUCGCCUUCAUCUUUGACCAGCUAUCUCCAUCGAAUGGAUGACCACAAGCUCACAGCUCCGGCAGCUACUGGAAAUGGCUAUUGGGCACACAAAAAGCACUGCUGGAUCCGAGAUAAGAACACCGCCAAUGGAUUUAGCAGUGACCAUCUCCCGUUCAGCAUAGCUCGAACGUCAUCGUCCUCAUCUUCCUCGUCAUCUUCUUCGUCUUCGACGGCUUCAUUGUCAUCCUCCUCCUCGUCGUCAUCCUCGACGUCGUCGGCAUCGUCCGUUUCAUCCCUCUCGUACGACGAUGCGAAUGCCAAAUUCAAUUCCUCAGCAGCGAUCCUAAUCUCCACUUCCCUGCUAAUCCUGCCCUUCCUCCCGGCCACCAAUCUCCUCUUCUACGUUGGUUUCGUCGUGGCCGAGCGAAUCCUUUACCUCCCCAGUGUCGGCUACUGCCUGCUGAUUGGAUUGGGGGUGAGCAAACUUAUCGAUGGCAAACCCCAAUCGCUGGGUGGCGCAAGCUCCCGUCGCAGUGUUAAUAGUGGCUUACGAGCGAAGAGCAGCAAAAGUUUCAGCAGUGAUGGUGAUAGAUAUAAGUACCGUGCCAAUGGCAGCGCAGGUCAAAGUGCGAAACAUCAUAAAAGUCACUCCUCCAAUCCCACCUCAUCCAUUGGCGGCAUCAGUAGCAGCUCCAUCGCCGCCACCACGGUCUGUGCCGCGCGAAAAAGUGCCAAUAAUAUCAGCUGCAGUGGGGUCGGCGGGAGAACACGUAGGGGAAUUAGUGCUGCCAGUAGUGGUAGUAGUGCUAGUGGUAGUGAUUAUCAACAGCGUAAGCGACAAAUCAUUCUGGGGUGCUUCGGUGCGCUGCUGCUGGUCUACAGCGGGAAAACUUUGCUGCGCAAUCUGGACUGGCAGGACGAGGAAAGUCUGUUCCGGAGUGCGAUCAGCGUCAACCCACCGAAAGCACUCGGAAACCUUGGAAGUGUCCUUAGCGCGCAAGGCCGCCAUCAGGAAGCCAAGGAGGCACUGAAGGCGGCCCUCAGCUACCGCCCCAACAUGGCGGAUGUACAUUACAAUCUAGGAAUUUUACUACAAAAUCAACAAGACUAUGAAGAGGCUGUGGAGAGCUUUCGGAAAGCUAUUCAGUUUCGGCCAUCACUGGCAUUGGCCUACCUCAACCUGGGGACAUCACUAAUAGCGCUCGGGCGGUGCCAGGAAGCGGCCAGUGUGCUGCGAGAGGGCUCCAAAUUGGACGGCGUUGGACUGCGCGAUCGGGCAGCCCAUGACAACGCCCGGAUAAGUGCCCUGCUGCAGCUCGGAAACCUUUAUGCGGAUCAGGGUAAACUACAACGUGCCCUGGCGGUGUACCGUGAGGCGUUGCACAUCCUGCCCGAUCGCUAUCCACCGCAGGGCAUCUAUCACCGGUUGGGAGAAGUUUUUGCCCGGCUCAACCAGUGGUCGGAAGCGGAGCGAUUCCAGCGGGCAGCUUUGGAGGCUCAGCCGGACCACAUAGCUGCCCACCUAUCCUACGGUUCCAUGCUGGCAAGGAAUAGCAGCCGAACCUCGGAAGCUGAGCAAUGGUUUAAGCGGGCCCUACGGUUAGCGCCUGCCGAUGCCAGCGUUCAUCAUCACUACGCGGAAUUCCUUGCCUCUGUUCGUCGCUCGGCAGAAGCCUGCCAGUACCGACUGAAAGCAGCAGAGUUGGCCCCGGACGAUUACUCCCUGGUGACGGCCGCAGCCUCAGCCCUCCGUUUGCUCGAUCGAAAGGUCGAAGCGGAACGGUGGUACCGGCAGGCCGUUAACUUACGACCGGAAGAGGCACGUUCUCACACUAAUCUCGGAGCCAUUCUUCAUCUGCUCGGGCGACCCCAGGAGGCCGCAAUCAGCUACAAAGAAGCGCUCCGACUGCAACCUAACGAUCUGACGACGCUGACCAAUCUGGCCAAGCUGGGAAUUGCGGAAAUUUCCUGAGAUACGCCUCCACGUCCGACGGCCACCCCGACGAAGCAUCCGACGGCUGAUGAGGACGAUAUGAGCUAGCUUGCUGGACGGGGGUUUUAGGGAGACCGUGGAUGUGUGUAUGAAAAUGUGAUCCGCUUAAACGCUGUAUAGAUUGAUACUUUGUUGAGAUAUUUUGAUUUAUAAAUUAUGAAAAGUCGGUGAAUGGAAUUUGAAAAUAGAAACAAUAACCAAUUGUAAAUAAUGCUAGAUGUACGUUGUAAAAUAAUGUAAAAUAAUGAAUCAAUUGAAAUGAAAAAGAAGGAUCAUAGCUAGUACAAGUUUGAACUAUCAAAAGACAAAUUUUUGUAUCGGAUAACUAAUAAGCAGAUUAACCUAUGUUUAAUUACAAAUACUGUUAAUUACCCUGCCAAAAAAGGGCUAAUCAAAAUCAGACUCAUACCCGAAAGACAAGGAAAGGAACACAACAAAAGGUGACAAAUUAGCUAGCCUAAGAAACUGUACCAUAAAGAUGCUAUCGUAAAGAGAAUAUAAUUAGUAAAACAGAAUAGGACAAAUAAUAGAAAGCCAAAAGCUUUGUUAAGUUUCUUGUAACGAAUGGAUUUUGUUUGUUCAUAAGACUAAAUAUACUAUGCCUAAAAAUGAUAUUUUUAAUGUCCAUCGAAGAUGUGACAAAAUAUUUCAAGUGAUCAGUAAGUAUUAGGCAUGGUUUCUUUCGGCUGUAAGUGCUACAUGGCCGAUGUAAAGCGCUGAUGGCUGUGCAUUGGCUUUAGUAAAACAUUUAACAGCUAAGAGGUCAACUUUAACGCCCAUUGAUCGCUUGUUAUAUUUGCCUACACACUCAACCCCUGGCGUACUGUAGAACAGCAUCAUUCAUAUUAAUUAACAUGUCGUCAAACAAAGCCUGAAACGAAUGGAAAACAUGAAAAUCAACAAAUAUUGAAAUACACUCAGCGAGUGCGGGGCGUUGUGGAAUGAAUUAUUGUGGAGUCCAUCGGGCUGCAAUCAUAAUCGCACAGCUAUAAUUAUGUGAGAGCCACGGGACACGGCACAUAAUAGUCGCCAAGAAAAAAAAAAGAUUAAACUGUAUUUAAAAUGCGCUUGGAUCAAAGUGCGAUAAAAAUGAAAUGAUUGUUUUCGUCGGAUGAUACUGUGAAUGGUGCUCAGCAAUCGCACUCUCUCGUCCAAUGGCGAAACCCUAUCCUACAGAAGGCUGUCAGGGGGUGCACGGAUGACGAAUGGACGAAUUAAAAUUACAAAAAAAGAAUCUCAACGAUUGAAGUGUAAAAUGAGAAUAUUGAACAGAAAUAUUUAAAUCAAUCGCAACCGAGGGUGAAAGGGAAUAGUCCCGCGGGCGAAAUCUCUGUUCGCAAUUCACGGAGGCAACUAUACAAUUUCGGAAUAAAUGCAAAUUUGUUAAUAAAAAA